GGUCCACGAGGAGCUACAGAGGAUCAUACAGCACUGCUCCUCCUACAGCACACCGGAGCUCCUUUGGUUUCCCAAGCUGCAUGACUCCAUUGUGGAGGUGGUGACUAGUUUACUAAUGACAUGGGCUGGCAGGAUGGAGAGUAGUACUGGAAGAAUGAGAAAAUGGCAGAGGAGAAUGCACAAGUGGCAGGUUUCAGCAGCCCUGUGAAGGGCCAGGCCAUCAACCUCCUGGACACAGCGGUGCUGGCGUCCCGCAAGCUGAGUACCCGGGAGCAGAGAGACUGAGGUCAUCCAACGCCUCAUCAACUGCUACUUCCUCAUCGUCCGCAAGAGCAUUCAGAACCGUUCAGAGACCAGGGCACCUAGGGGUGUUAUUUAUAUAUUCAGUUAGUGGUGAGUUGAGUUGAGCCUUGCCUGUCCUGGUGUGUUAGCUAACUGUGUGUCUUAGGACUUGUGUGUCUGCAGUGUGCCCAAGACAGUGAUGCACUUCCUGGUGAACUUUGUGAAGUAGCAUCUGCAGAGUGAGCUGGUGGGCCAGCUGUACAAACAUAACCUGCUGCAGGAGCUGCUCAUCGAGUCCCAGGAUACAGCACAACAGAGGACAGAGGUGGCUGGAGCUCUCCAAAAAGACAGCAACAACAUAAUCUCAGAUAUUCGGGAGACACCUGUGGUAGCCCAAUGCAACUGACCUUUCCCCACUGAUCACAUGUCUUUGAGAGUCUAGGAUGUCCUCAAUAAUUGCUAAGAUCUGCAGAGUCGUCCAAUGCAUCCCCAUUCAGUCCUCCAGAUGGCUGCUAUGACUCACAGCAGUCUGGUAUCUGUCGUCAUUUCCCUCUGUUCCUACUAAGCAGAGCCCCGGCCAGACUAUACCAACCAAUUCCUCCCGAAGCCAAGGGGGAAUCUGCUGCAGUCUGUUGGCAAAACCUUCACGUUAGACACGUGUUUCCUACCAAAUAGAGCUGGAAUCAGAGACAGCCCUCUUUUUGUAUUACCUGUUAGGCUGUGAUGAGAUGUAUCCCAUCACAUGUAGUGUCCUUGAUGCCCAGGGCUGUGCAAACCCUCCCCUCGGUAUGCCAGUCAGGAGAGAAGCCUGAACAAAGCCAUGAGAGAAGAGCUGCUGGGAGAGUGAAAGAACUGAUACUCUCACUGACUGUCGCCUGGACAACCAGGCACAGGAGGGAGGGAAGAGUGAGAGAAAGGGAGAAAACAACCAAACAUAAUUGUCAUGGUGGCCAAGACACAUUGAGUCUUGUAUCAGAGAGGCUGCACAAAGGUGCAGGCGCUCUCCCUAGUGGAGCUAGAACACUGAACAUUAAACAGAGAUCAACAGAGCGAAUCAAGUGAACAUCUGGAGAACAAGUUUGAAAUGAAAUUGUUCAGCACAGGUUUGCAUCCUCGAAGGACUCCAUAGGGCUGCACACCCCGUCAGUUCAUACCUCUACUCAUCAAGCUCAGACUGAUCCUGCGUCUAAUGAAUUUGUCCUCUGCAGACCCAGAUGUUCUCCCAGUGCAGACAGAUGUUGAACUGCUCUGUUCUCUCAGUGAGGGUGUCCAUCUCUGCUCUGAACAAUGGCAUGGCACAGGGUGGACUCAUUGUCAUGGUGCUCCAGCCAUGGACUUGGAAGACGAGACGUUGUUAUUCCAGAGCAGCUGGGAUGCUGAGAAAGAAGAGGAGGAGAAGGAGGAGGGUGGGGAGUCAGAUACACAGAUUAAUGGGAGAACCGGCACCACUGGAGGCAAUGGCGUGUGGGGAGCAGUGGGCUGGGUCUACACACAGCCCUGGGUGAGUGGUGUUGUUCUGGGAGUUGGAGUUUUUCUCCCCUGUGCCCUCUCUGCCUACAUGUUCCUAUACUGCCCCCCAUUGGACAUAGACCUUUCCUACAGUGCCUUUGAGGUUCACAGCCACUUCUCCGCUGAGCGGUUUGAUGCACUCACCAUUGCCAUAAAGACUCAGUUGGGGUCCUGGGACAGACGCAGGCGUGACGUGGACCCCUAUGACUCCACCACUCUACAGGAGCUGCUGUUGGACAUGCUGGGUAGGCAGGGAGAUGGAACAUCCAACAGGACAUCACAUGGAGGGCUGACCUCAACAUCUCUGGAAAAAAACUUGUUCAAAAGAGUAGUUAUGGAACAGAGAGGAGAUGCCCUGGGUCAGCGAGAGACUGAGAGGCAUGGAGAGGCUAGGGGUGGUAAACUAGAGGUAAGAGAGGAGGAUAAAAAUACAACUAAUUUAGGAAAAUUUGAGAGUCGUGAGUCCAUAGAAGGAGAGGGCGACAGGGACAGUGAGAGAUCUCAGACUAGGAUGCGCAGGUUUGCCCCCAACUACUCAUACCUGCAGAGCCAGGCCCUGUGGAGGAUGGAGCUGGUGUUUGUAGCUCAGGGUGGGGUGGACAACAACAUCUUCACCCCAGAGCGUCUCCGCACCAUCCACCACAUAGAGCGCCUGCUCAUGCAGCAUCCCCAGUUCCAACAGUUCUGUUGGAAGCCUCUGGAGGUCCUGAGAGACCUGCCCCUGGGCCCUUCCUACUGCUCCCCUCCAAGCUCCCUCCUCUCCUACCUCUUCCCCAGUGAACGGGGAGGCAGGAUCUACUACGAUGGCAUGGGACCCAACCUGGCUGACAUCCAUGGUGCUCUGAGUCUAGCGAUCACCCACCCAGAGUUCUACUGGUAUGUGGAUGAGAGUCUGGCCCCUGACCGGCUCUCCUCCUCUCUCCUGCGCAGUGAGAUCCAAUUUGGAGCUCCACUGCCAUCUUACUGCUCCCUCCAGGACCGGCCUGAGGAGCAGAGAAGCCGCUUCAGGAACUUUGUGGUUCAGUACGCUGACAUCCUGGCUCAGCAAUCCACCAGCCAGGUGAAGGUGUUGUAUGGGGGCACAGAGCUGUUUGAUAACGAGGUGAGACGGACCUUCCACAGAGACAUGUUGCUGGCGCUGAUCAGUGGAGGCUGCAUCACUCUGCUGGUCUAUUUCCUCACCUCCUUCUCAAUGUUCCUGACAUUCUUUGGGCUCACUAGCAUUGGUCUGAGCUGCCUGGUCGCUCUUUUUCUCUACCAUGUGGUCUUUGGGGUGAGAUACCUUGGCAUCCUCAAUGGGGUUGCAGCCUUUGUGAUCAUUGGCAUUGGUGUGGAUGAUGUGUUUGUGUUCAUGAGUACCUUCAGACAGGCUUCCCACUUAGUCCAUCCAGUCCAGAGGAUGGUGUACACGGUGAAAACAGCUGGCCGGGCAACCUUCCUCACCUCCUUCACCACUGCAGCCGCAUAUGCUGCCAACACCUUCUCACAGAUUCCGGCCGUGCAUGACUUCGGCCUAUUCAUGGCCCUCAUCGUCAGCUGCUGCUGGCUUUGGGUGUCCAUCCUCAUGCCCGCUGCCCUGUGUAUCUGGACCCAGUGUAUUGACCCCCAGGGGAAUUCCUGUCUCAAAUGGUGGAAGGCACUUGCAGGACUGCCAGUGAGCCACAGUCCUUUGUCAGAUGAGGAUGAUGACGUGACCCUACUGUCAGUGGAGAUGGAGCCAGGCUCCUGUGACACAGAUGUAGAUGCAGCCAUUCUGUCCCUGUCAGUGGAGACUUCUCUCUCACCACCAGAGCAGGGAACUUCAGGCAUGGUCAGCAUUUACCUUCAGUGGGCUCUGAGGCACUGGGUGGCAGAGCCAGCCGUGGAGAACCGUAAAGUCAUUCUAGGAAUCUACUUCCUGGUCCUGCUGCUGUCUGCUGGGUGCUGCUGCCUCCUGCGGCCGGCCACUCAUGCCCCGUUACUGUUUCGUCCAGACACCAACCUCCAGACUCUACUGGGACUGAGGAACAACCUCAGUGCCCAGGGCAUAUCCUGCCACAUGUGCUCUGGUCUGUUCAUGGAGAAACCUCAUCUUCUGCACAGCCCUACCCAUACCACCCCCUCCGUGGCUUGGUUUCACCCCCAUCAACAUACCAAAAACAAUUCAAACUCAACUCUACGGAGCCCAAUCACACCAAGCACUUCCUCAAUCACAACAGGGCCUCUGCUGACCGUGUAUGUCUCUAAGCUGGAUGUAGGCGCUUCUAUCACUCUGUACCGCUUCUCUCUGAAUACUAGCAUGCCCUCGCCUUGGAAAAGCCUCAGUCCUAGGAAUGGAGAAGUUCCAUCCUUUCAGGCUUACAUUGAACCUCACAGCAACUUCAGCACCCACAUGACUGUGUGUGUGUCCCACCCCAGCCCUCGCUGGAUGAUCACUUCCCAGUCAUGUGACCCACGCCACGGCUGGAGGUCAGAGUUCAGCUUCUAUGUGGCAUCGGCUGAACAGCAGCACAGCAGGAGGCUGUAUUUUGCCCAGCACAAGCUUAGCCCUCAUCCAAGCCGAGUGUGUGCAGAACCACCUGGUUGUGUGAUCAGCUCCGGCCCUGACGGGCCCACACGGGGCUACUUCUACACACCGCUCCCCACAGAUUCCACCUCAACGAAAAGGUCCAGGACCUCCGGUUUUAACCCCUGUAGUGGAGGUGGCUGUGGCCAGCCAGCAGUCCGUCCUCUGGUUGACACUGGUGCCAUGGUGUUUGUGGUUUUUGGAAUACUGGGAGUCAACCGCACCCAACGCACAGACAACCACGUCAUUGGGGACAUGGGCAGUGUGAUAUUGGAUCCAAACUUUGAUAUCUUCCAAGAGAUUGGUCAUCUCUGCCAAAUCUGUAAAGUCAUCAGUGCUAAUAAACAGCUUGUGAAGCCGGGAGGAGCCCAAUGUCUACCCUCCGGCAACAAGCUUUCUUCUAUCCUGCCCUUACUCCACCCAGACUGCCACUCACUCCCGGAGCCCAACCUGUUGCCAGGCCAGCUGUCCCAUGGGGCCGUGGGAACACACGGUGGCAGAGUGCGCUGGCUCUCCAUGGCCUUUGAGUCUACUACCUACAAGGGGAAAUCCUCUUUCCAGACUCGCUCAGACUUCCUCCAAUGGGAGACCUUCCUACAAGAGCAGCUCUCAGCUCUCCCAGAGUCCUCUGCUCUACGGAGAGGCUUCCAGACCUGUGAGCACUGGAAGCAGAUCUUUAUGGAAAUCAUAGGUGUGGAGAGCGCCCUCUGCAGUCUGCUCCUGUCCCUGGCCAUCUGUGUGGCAGCUGUGUCUGUUUUCACUGCCCAUACGCUUCUGCUGCUGCCAAUACUGCUCACCAUUAUGGGGGUCAUCUGUCUGGUGGUGGCCAUCAUGUACUGGCUGGGCUGGGAGUUGGGGGCCAUGGAGGCCAUCUCUCUGUCCAUCCUAGUGGGCUCCUCAGUGGACUACUGCCUGCACCUGGUGGAGGGCUACCUGCUGGCUGGGGAGACCUUACCAGCCACACCAGAACACACUAUGGAUCUGUCAGCUAAAAGGCAGAGACGGACCCUAGACGCAGUGAACCACGUAGGAGUUGCCAUAGUGUCCAGUGCUGUCACCACGGUCAUUUCAACCAUCCCUCUCUUCUUCUGUGUCAUCGUGCCUUUUGCUAAAUUUGGUCAGAUCGUGGCCAUAAACACAGUAGUAUCCAUCUUGUUCACCCUGACUGUGACAGCAGCCAUGUUAGCCACCAUGGGCCCUGCCAACUUCCACAGGCCUCCCGGUGCAGUGCUGAAGGCCAGCCUGGCGGUACUGGGUACCACAGCCUUUGGCGUUGCCCUGUGCUGGGCAACUAGGACCAGUCCCUGGCACACAGUAGUCACCAUGUGAACACAAACUCAACCACUACUGUUACAUCUGUAAGCAAAACUAAGAGGCUUGGUAUAAACCUCAGUUUAUCAUUGUUCUAUACAUGCAGCUGUAAGGUUUCAGAUACGUAAAAGCAUCUUGUUGAAGUAGACCAUUCUUGAUGUGGAUAUAGUUGAAUCAUUUUUUACCAAAAGAACAGAAUGUGGUCUCUUGAGAAUAAAUAGUCUGCAGAAUAGGUUUUGGUUUCUGUGGAUGCAGCCUACUGCCCACAGAAGGAGAUUACACAGUGUUGAUUUAAAUACUGGUUGGAUCCACGUUGUUCUAUUGUCCAUGUUACUCUGUUCCUGAGAAUAUUUAUUUUUUUAGAAAAUUUCUAGCUUCUCUGACCUGCUAUUAGCACUAACCUCAUCUCUGAUGGUUGGAAACCACACUUUGAGGUCCAAGAAGACAUGUGUUGAAUCAUGAUAAAAAUAUGAAUCAUUGUCAUGCCUUA